GAGCCGCACACGCCUCAUUUGAUUGGAUAUGAAUGUGGUUUACUUUCCAAAAUGUCAUUCAUUCCUUUGUCCAAAAGCAGCGAUGCUCUGAAUAUGAUGUAGGAUACGAGCUGGAAACGUGAGGGUUUGAAAGCAAACACUAAAUGUGCUCAUGUGACUCCGUGUAGCACGAAAGCUGUGCAGGAUCUUUUGUUUGGUCUGCCGGACUGUCAAACACCCAGGAUACGAAAUCCCCUUACAUGCGUCUCUCUAAGGAGCAAGUCUGAUGGAGAGGAGUAAAUGUAAAGAGGGAUACGAGGCUGUGAAAAUGAUUGUGAGGUCUUCAGGCUCCUCUGGCUGAAGUUACAGUAAUGCACUAAAUGCUGAAGGUGCUCUUUACCCAUAAGCUUUUGGAGGUUCUUCAGUGAUUUCCUUUGGCUAGCCAUGGACCGCAGGACGCUGCUGCAACACCUAACUGACCUGUGGGGUGAUGACCACUCAAUCCACCAUCUGGACUUUGAGCAAAAAUGGAAAAAGCAGCAGAGAAACUAUGAGAAGACUGUAGGCUCCGAGACAGAAGGCCUACUCCUCUCUCCUCCAUCCAGUCCUGGCCUCUCCCUCCUGUAUACGUUGUGGAUGACGUUUCGUCCAUUAUUACUCAAGGUCAUUCUGUUGCGGCUGUCAGCUGACCUUCUCAGCAUAUUUGGCCUUUUCACUCUUAGGUGGGCAGUAUUGUUCUGUGAGAAGCAGCCUGUGUUUGAGUGGCCGGGGUACGUCUAUGCUCUGGUCAUUCUGGGGUCAGCCUCCUGCUACACUGUCUCACAACACCUGCUUGAGAGAUUGAGUAGGAAAACUGCGGCCAGCGCUCAUGCAGCCUUAUCUGGCGCCCUGUACAGACAGGCAUUGUCUCUGUCCAACAGCCCCCCACAUCAGACACACUCCGCUGCACUGCUGUCCCAGAUGUUGGUUGAAGUUGACCAGAUAGCAAAGCUGGUGGUGAAUUUUCCAUGGCUCAUCUCCUUUCCAGUGAGAGUGGUUCUUUGUGUGGGGAUCCUGUGGAUAGAGCUGGGCCCAGCUAUGCUGGUUGGUCCAGCACUGCUGCUGUUUCUCACUCCUGUUCAUUCCUCAUUGGAGCGCCGCAUCAAACUGCUACAGUGCAAUCAGAUGACCAAUCGAAAGGCAAGUGAAAACCUCAUUAAAGAGAUGCUGCAUGAGAUAAAGGCACUGAAGCUGCUGGCAUGGGAGGUUUUCUUCCAGUACAGGGUGGCAGAGGCGUGGGAGCGGGAACUGGAGACACUUCAAGUUCUGGGAUAUCUUACGUCCUUUUCUAUGCUAAGCCGCAUUUGCAUACCAUAUCUGGUGUGUCUGUGUAGCUUGGGUGCCUUUGUUCUGAUGGAUGAUGGGAAUGUACUGACGCCCUUGCAGGUGUUCAUGUGCCUCUGUCUCUUUAGACUACUGCUGCCUCUGUUUCUGAAACUCCACACAUUCUCCACUCUGUUAAAACAGACAAAGCAGUCUUUCUGUCGUCUGGAAGAAUUCUUGAUCGCUGAGAAUCUGGACAUUAAAAAUUGUCACCCACACCCUUCACAAGAUUCACCCAGCAGGUUCCCGCAGCAUUGUGGCAGAUGUAAUAACAAGAAUCAUCAUGAAACUGAAAGGGAACUGGAGCAAUUGCCAGCCUAUAAAGGCAUUGCAGGAGCACUCGGGCAGUAUCUGAGGGCUUUUGGUUUUCACUGGGUAAUUCUGACCAUGCUGGCACAGCUGGGUGUGUGCAUUGUAUGUGUGGCUCAGGAUGGACUGCUGUUUGUGUGGACGGCAGAGGCGAAGGAGGUGCAGGGGCUGGAGGAGUGGAAGGAGCUCCGAAAUUCACGGCUAUCUGUCUGCACUCUGCUUGGACUUUUGCAGGCCUUGCUGGUGUGCUGGGCAGCGUAUUGUCUGAACUGUGGCUCUCUCAGGGCCUCUCAGUCUUUGCAAUGUGAGCUGCUCUCCAGUGUCCUUCACCUGCCUUUAAGUGUGCACCUGACAAUUGACCCACCACACUUACUACGCACUUUCACUCAGAACAUGUAUGUGAUUGAAGAGCAUCUACCUGAACAGCUACACACCUGGGGAAGUUGUCUUCUGCAGAUAAUGGCCAGCAUACUGCUGAUUACCUAUAUCAUUCCUGUCUUCAGCUUGACGCUAUGUCCUCUGACUUUCCUUUUUCUCACUGUCCUGCACAGCAGACGUUCAGUCUCACCCCACAUGCGUGAAGAACUCUGCCUAAACCACUUGCUUCAAGACAGACAAAACCUACAAGUACAACACAAAAGCAUUGAUCUGGAAAGGUGGGCUUUGCUGAGACUGGACAUUGUUUAUACAAUUAGUUUAUUCCUCAUCAGUCUGGCCUUGCUGGAUAGUACGGAUUCCCUGGACGCUGGCAUCAUAGCUUUGGCUCUGGCUUAUGGUUUUAAUGUGAGAGAAGCGAUGCACCGGUUUACUGAAACUUCUGCAGAAACUGCAAAGAAUGUGCAGAUGGUACAGAGAAUCUGUGUUUACUCCAAAUUGGAGAAAGAGGCUGAAUGGACCGGAGGCUGCAGAGCCCCACCUGGCUGGCCCCAAAAAGGAGAGCUUGAGUUUAUACAUUACGGAACGGAAGAAGGUGCCAUCUCACCAGCAUUCAGAGGACUUAGCUUCAGUAUUUGUAAAGGAGAGAAGGUAGGCGUUGUAAGCAGAGAAAAGCCUGAGACUGACAGUUUGAUAAGCUGUCUGUUCAGAGCAGUGGAGGCCAGUUGUGGAGCUGUUCUUAUUGAUGGAGUCAAUAUAGCCAGCGUGGGACUCCACACCCUGCGCAGUCACCUGCACCUAAUCCCUCAGGUGCCUGUGCUGUUCUCUGGAUCUCUGAGGGCUAAUAUGGACCCUUUUGCAUGGUGCUCUGACGCCGAGGUGUGGCAGGUUUUGGAGCUUUGCCAGCUAAAGGAAAAGGCACAGCAGCUGCAGGGCCAGCUGCUGCACCCCAUACAGCCCAGCUCCACCGCUCACAGCUUUUUUAGCAGUGGACAAAAGAGGCUCCUGUGUCUGGUCAGGGCUCUGUUGGGGAAGGCCAGAUUGCUGCUAGUGGAGGAGGCUCCUCUUUCAGGUGAUUCAGAAUCAGAACAUCUCCUUCAGCAGCUAGUCCUUACACUACUCCCAGAAUGCACUGUUCUGUGGCUGAGUCAGAAUCCAAACAGUGUCAUGCACACAGACAGAGUGCUGGUGCUGGACGCUGGUCAUGCUGUGGAAUUUGACUCUCCUUCCAUUCUCAUCCAGCAGGGGACGCUGUUCAGACAGCUACUGCAGGAGUCACAGAGAGGCAACGUCUAACAAGGAAAACCAUAAUAUACUGAAGUGUUUGACAGGCAGUUUGCAUAUAUAUUUAAGUGUAUAUGCUUGCUUGCUUGUAUCUUGGUACAUAGUUGUGUGCAAUUAUAUAAAUUAUUGAGAAAAUAAGCACACAUCCCUUACACUUCUGCACAUUUUAAUGCACAAUUGCUGUAUAUUUGCUGAAUUUAACUUUGUAGAACAUGCAGAAAAAUACUUGUUCUCUGUAGAGGAUAUGUUAACCUAUUUUCAUUUGGACAGGGUUACUCAAACUUUUGCUUACCACAAUAUGUACACAAGUUAUAUAUUGUAUUAAUUAUAUAUAGUUGGGUCCAAAAGUCUGAGACCACGAUGAAAAUCUGUGAUUUUUUUUCAUUUUAAGUAUUUUUUUACAUUUUCUUCAUGCAAAAUUGAAACAAAGAAAACAGGAAAAAUGUAAUAAAGUUUACUGUUUACAGGUCAAACUGAAACAAUUUGUGGCAUUUGUGUUGAGUUCAUGUCAGCUUGAACACACACUGUUAUGAAAGCAAAAGGGACAUACCAAAUCCUAAGAAAUUCUAGAAUUCAUGUUAAAAUUAAAAAGAUUCUACUGUUAAAUUAGAAUGGAAUCAAUUCUAUUCUUUUGAUUGACUAUAGAAAGUAGUCCAUAAAUAGAAUGCAAAAUAGAAGCAUUUCACUGGUCGGCACAGACUUUGUACCCUGUGUAUGAAUAUAAAUCAAGCACAACAAUGUUUUGUUAUUCUCUGCUGUUUAAAUAGAGCCAUUCAUAGCUGAACAAUUUUCAACCACAAUUCUUGAUUUGAUCACCUUGUUUUGUCACCAUUUUUGUAGUAACAUGUUUAAAGUUUUUUGUCUCAUUUGUUAAGAAGUUGUAUCCCACAAAAAUGGAAGAUUCAUGAAGUGUUUAAACUAUUACAUUUAAUACAUUAUUCAUGUUUCAUGCUGAACAUGUUUUUUCAGUGUAACUUGACAGUUCAUUCUGUUUUCAUGGUUUUGUUUUGUGAAACUACAUAUUGUGUCUUUUUACAGCAUGUAAUAUUAUCAGAGUCUAAGAGAUUAGGGAGCCGUCCUCAUAGUACAGCAUUUCAAACCUCCCUGAAUCUUGUGCUACCUAAAGUGGUGUAUAAACAUCAAGCAGUCACAGUAAUACUUGUUGAGCUCAUUGCUUCCCCUUUUUAGCCGUUGGGUCCAUUUCUUAAUUGACAGGUUUUUUUUCCUUCACUGACAGUUUCAGUUGCAUUAUGAACAGUUUGGUUUUCACAACAAGGUGCCCCAAUGUAACCGACACACAAGCCAGUUAGUGUCACUAUUGGAUGUAAAAAGCAUUUCAAUAGCCCCUAUGAUGAAGGUGGUUUAGUAAAGUUUGAUUAACUGUGUUCAGCUGAUUUGUUUUUAUAUAGCCAUUGAAUAAUAACCCCUUAAAUAAAAACACAUUUACAGAA